AUAUGAGCCAAAAACCCUUGCCGAAGAUGUUCAGAGACCGAACUCCUGGAGUCCAGAAAUUAUGAAACCAUAAUGAUACAGACCAGCUGGUGCUGUAUAACCACCCUGAGAAGGAAUCCCUGGUCGUUUGUAAAAGUUGAUUCCGAACAGUGGCUAAAGAACAGAAGAAGAGAAUUUGUUCUACCUCUAUAGGCAGGAGAAGACCGAAAAGAAUGAGCCGUCAAGGAAUUCGUCUCCAAGCAAAGCAACAGAUUCCUCAGAAUAGGCUUAUUAAUACAGCCAGGAAUAAGUUGAGAAGUCGGAAUAGGUUGAACAAACCAUAUCAGACAACUUGUUGCCCAGACCGAAAGGAGAGGAUCAAGUUUAACACAGGCAUUUUGAAUACGCUCAAAAGCUCAUCAAAUUUGUUCAAGAAAGAGGAGACGCAUAAAAUUGACUUUGCUCUUGAGAGAGUCUUUGAGCAUCUAAAGAAUGAUCCAGAAGGAAGGGAUACCAAUUUUUGUAUAAAUCAUCCUCACAAGGAAAUAGAAUAUAUCUGCUGAGAUGACAAGAUCGGUAUUUGCUCUGAUUGCCUCUAUGAUAAUUAUCAUAAGAACAGUAAAGUCAUCCAUAUCUCAAGUGUAAUGUCCAAGCUUCAUAAGAUGCUAAUCGAUGUUGAGAGGAACUCUAUCAAGAUUAUCCAUCAGAAAGGAGAAUAUCUGAGAGAAAUCGAAGGCCAAUCUGACUUUAUUGAGCAAGAAAAGCGAGUCUUCCUGCAAGAAGAGAGGGAAAAGAUUGAUAAACUCCAUGAGUAUAUUGAUAAUAGAUACAGUGAGAUAAUCACCAAGUACAACCAAAGGAUCGAGCAACGCCUCCUCGAUGUUUAUAACUCAAAAGAAAAACUGAGUAAGGAUAUAGAUGAGAGCCUAGUGUACCUUAAAAGGCUACAAUCUCUGAACGAAAGUAUCAGUGAGCAUAAACCAACAAAAAUUAUUGAAGACUUUGCUCAAGCUAUUGCGUUUAUUAAGAAAUAUAAAAAGUUUAAAGAAUUUUCCAAGAGCGAUGCAGAGAGCUUCAAGAAUACCUUCAGCAAUCAUCUUAAUGAGGGAUGAAUAGUACCUGCCAUUGAUAUUCAGAAAGAGAUUCAGACUUUGAAGGAGAAAUUUGACCAACUAAAUUACGGAAUUGACAAGAGGGAAGAUGUUGAGGACAGGCUUAUAAAACCUAUGAAGCAGUUCCCUGAAGACAACAUUAACAGGGUUGCCCAGACUAGGAGACUUUAUCUACCAAGAUGGAUGUCAAAAACUCUUGUUGAGUAUGAUGUUGACUCCAAAGACCCAGUUUGGGAGACCUCUGAAUGCCAGAGUAAAUACGACUUCCUUCCAUUUAGCAAGUUUGUAUAUCUCCCAAACUAUCACAUUAUCUCCAUUGGAGGGUUGAAUGAACAGGUGCCUGGUCGAAGCAUUUUCGUAUCAAGAGUAUUAAAAGUUCUCGUUGAUAAUUACAACAUGGAGAAACUAAAUAAUCAGGUAUCUUAUAAAUGUGAGAUUAUGCAACCUCUCAAGAUUGCUAGAGGGAUGAUGGGAGCUAUCUAUCAUGACGGCUUUGUCUACGUUGCUGGUGGAGUUACCAACAAAGUCAAAGAUGCACCAAAUCCUUCGAUUGACGGAGAUAUUGUGUCUAAUUCUGAUAGCCAUGGAAGGAAAUCCAUUACUCCUCCGAUAGUUUCUGGUAUUUUUAAGUGUGAAAGAUACUGAGUGGAUAAAAAUACUUGGGAAGUAAUCGCUCCUAUGAACGAGAGGAGGAAAAAUCCAACUCUUUGUGCUAUAAAAUCAGGAAUUAUCUACGUCUUCGGAGGCUGUCAGAGAGAAUGCACAGAUAUUAACAGCAUUGAGAGAUAUAUAAAAGUAGAAGAAGAACCAGGAACAGGGAAAGGUGAGUAUGAGCAUUGUUGGGAAGAACUUAGAGUGUUCCAACCAGAUUUCAUCUCUCUCCAGAUCGCUCACCUUGUGAAUAACAACACUAUUCUAUUAUUCGGGGGAUCUAUUGAUGAAUCAAAUGGGCAGCAAGUUCCUUCUAAAGGAGUCUUUAAAUUCGUUGUUGAAAAUGAAACUAUUUUCCCUGAAAAGGAACUAGAAGCUCCGAUUAUAUCUAUAUAUCCCUCUUUUCAGGUAGAGAAUCAGAUUUUAAUGAUUGAUGAAAAGCAGAGCCAGGACUGCCCAAGAAUUCUCAGGUAUGAUAUUUAGAAGUAAAACUAGUUUCAAUCUUUGA